UAUGUGCCUUGACUUGGGAAUUGAAUCCUGGACCCUUUGGUACACAGGACAAUGCUCCAACCAACCAAGCCAUACUGGCCAAGGCAUUCUGUGGUUCUUAAAUACAAAAAUUUCCUGUAUUAUUUGAAGAACAGGCCACUAUGGUCAGUGAUAACAGAAGCACAGUGGCUGCUGGAGGUAACUCUGACCCUUGUUUUUGACUGCAUGUAUCUUCAAAGAUGUUUGUUGACCCAGUCUUUCCAGUCAUUCUUUCUGUACAGUCCUACUUUAUUUGUGUCUGUAAUACUGUUUGUCUUCAUGGUCCCCCCUUUUUUUUAUUUUUUUUUACAGAGAGGAAGGGAGAGGGAUAGAGAGCCAGAAACAUCGAUCAGCUGCCUCCUGCACACUCCCCACUGGGAAUGUGGCCACAACCAAGGUACGUGCCCUUGACUGGAAUCGAACCUAGGACCCUUGAGUCCGCAGGCCGACGCUCUAUCCACUGAGCUGAACCAGUUAGGGCGAUGGUACUCUUAUUCCCAUUUCCUAUGGGGUUUAUGUUCAUGGAAAGCUGUCUACUUACACUGGGAUGGGGGAAGAAGCUCAUAUCUCUGAUCCCUCCAUCUUGCUGAUGUCACUCACAUUGGUCUUUUGACUGUGAUCUCAUUUGUCCUUUGUUGUUCUACCACAGUAUUGACCCUCUAUGUUCUUUGCACCAUUUAUCCCAAGCAAUGCCUCAAAUGGGAUUGAAGGGGAAGAAUCAUUUGUGCAUCACAGAAGAAACACGACUUUAUGAAUGACACAGUGGACCCCCAGGCGGUCUUGCCUUGGAGAAGGGUCAUUGGGGAGGAAUUCUCCACUGGCCUUUGUUACAUUCAUAGCUAGAAAGCCAGUGUUUUGUUACAGUUGCCCAUUCCUCAUCGAAUUAUGCUUGUUUGUGCUUAUUGUUGAUACUUUGCCAACUAUUCAGUUCUAAUUGUGAUCAUUUCUACUUAGAUUCCCAGCUUAGGGAUAACUUUAACCUCUCUGGACUUUGCACCUCUCCUACUUUCACAGGUCUCUCUUUACUGCAAGCCAAUGUUGAUCCAUACCUGCAGCACCUUUGAGAGCACACAUGUUAUUUUACUGAACUUGUAUAUCUUGUGAUCCAAUAAAAUUAAUUUUUAUGUCUUUGAGCAACUUGAAAUUAUUCCGCACAGUCACACAUGGUCAGAAUGUAAGGUCCAAAAGGAAACCAUUUGUGCAAGAACAAAGAGUAGAGCCUUCCUCUCUUCUUUGUAUCUACUCCUUUGCUUCUGUCCCUCUCUUGGUAAGAUUUCCAUCAUUGACUGAUUUUUGGAGCCACAUUAUUUAUAAGAGCAAUUUUCUCACUGUCUAACUCACUCAUCUUGAAAAUCUUUCUAUGGAAUCAUGCCUAGUCAGGACAGAUAAACAUCCGUGGUGAAGAUAUUCUGUUUUUAUCAGGUCAACAUGCACUUCACCUUCAUUUCUUUUGUUUAGGUUGCUGCUGUGGAGCAGAGAAUGUGGAGGCAUCAACAAAACAGAAGGUUUCUGUUGGACUGUCACAGGCAAGUAAUCCCAAGUUAGCCUUGUCUUCCCAGAAGAGCCACCCCUGUGAGAGUUGUGGACUAGUCUUGGGAAACAUUUUCCACGUGAUGGAACUGCAGGGAACACAACACGGACAGAUACUGUUAAGGUGUGGGGCAUGUGCAAAACAGUUUUACUUCAGUGUAAAAUUUCACCAGCAGCAUGUGAGAGAGAAGACUCUCAUUAGAGGGGUGGACAGGAUCUCACUUGCAAACAGCUGCAAUUUCAAUGUGUCCCAGAAUCGUUUCACAUGCGGGGAGGUUGGGCAGGGUGUCCUUACUGAAUCAGGACAUCUCCACCUAAAGGCCCCUCAGACCAGAAACAGUCCAAGUGCUAUUUCAACAUGUGGGAUGAUGUUUCAAAGGAGAGAAAAUUGUUACACCAGAAAAGAAUGUAAGAAAGACAUUAGUUGCACCCACAUGUUUAUUCAGGAAAAAGUUGUCGAUGUUGGAAGUCGAUAUUUUGUGUGCUCUGAAUGUGGGAAAUCUUUUACAAGUAACUCUUUCCUUCAUUAUCAUCAGAGAGUUCACACAGGAGAAAAGCCUUAUAAACGCAGUGAAUGUGGAAAGUCUUUUACAAGGAGCACUUGUCUCCAAUAUCAUCAGAGUGUUCACACUAGAGAAAAGCCUUAUCAAUGCAGUGAAUGUAGAAAAACUUUUACCACUAAAACCAACCUUCGUAGUCAUCAGAGUGUUCACACAGGAGAAAAGGCUUAUCAAUGUAGUGAAUGUGGGAAGAAUUUUACCAAUAAUAGCUGCCUUCGUCGUCAUCGGAGCGUUCACACUGGAGAAAAGCCUUAUCAAUGUAGUGAAUGUGGGAAGAAUUUUACCAAUAACAGCCACCUUCGUCGUCAUCGGAGCGUUCACACUGGAGAAAAGCCUUACCAAUGUAGUGAAUGUGGGAAGAAUUUUACCAAUAACAGCCACCUUCGUCGUCAUUGGAGCGUUCACACUGGAGAAAAGCCUUACCAAUGCAGUGAAUGUGGGAAAACUUUUACCACUAUAACUAGACUUAGUAGACAUCAGAGAGUUCAUACUGGAGAAAAGCCUUAUCAAUGCAGUGAAUGUGGGAAAACUUUUACCACUAUAACUAAACUUCGUAGACAUCAGAGAGUUCAUACUGGAGAAAAGCCUUAUCAAUGCAAUGAAUGUGGGAAAACUCUUACCACUAAAACCAUCCUUCUUAGUCAUCAGAGAGUUCACACAGGAGAAAAGGCUUAUCAAUGUAGUGAAUGUGGGAAGAAUUUUACCACUAACGGCAACCUUUGUCGUCAUCGGAGCAUUCACACUGGAGAAAAGCCUUAUAAAUGCAGUGAAUGUGGAAAGUUUUUUACCCAGAGAUAUUCCCUUCAUUGUCAUCAGAGAAUUCAUACAGGAGAAAGGCCUUAUAAAUGCAGUGAAUGUGGGAAAUCUUUUACCCAGAGCACUCCCCUUCGUUGUCAUCAGCGAAUUCACACUGACUGGAGAAAGGCGUUAUGAGUGCAAUUAAUCUGAGGUAUCUCUCAGCCAAAUUUCUAAGUUCGUUCCCUGCAUAAGAGUACAAAUGUGAGAAACUUGUUAGAUGUGUAGGAAAUGUAGUUUCUUAAUUCAGACUUAAAAAUAGUACAAGAAAAUUUGUAAAUCCUCAUUUUUCUGAAUUGUAUCUCAUACAUUUAAUCACCUAUAUUAUGUAGAGCUCCGAUAAGUGUUUUUGCUGUUGUGCGUGUGUGUUUUUAUGUUGAAACACUAUGUAAUUAUGUUACACUUUCUAACAGAGACAUGUUGCCAGAUCUAUGUCACUGCAUAUUUCUGUUGCUGCAGGUAUUUCACCUGAACCACCUAUAAGGACCCUACAGAUGGCAUCAGUCACCAUCCUCAUGUGCCCAGGGAAGCUAACUCUGUUGUCUAAUUUGUUGAAGAAAAUUAGGAAUACCUGAGCCCUUAGUUCUCCCUUGUUUCCCUGUCAUGAGUUGCCACAUAGGACUGAUUGCUGUUGGCGCCAUUAAACCCAAUGUGGCAGAACUGCUAUUUUUAGGGACACACUUUCCCUAUAUGCUAAUGAUGAGUUUAUUGAGCGCCUCAGUCAUCAAUGAUAGAACUGCCAGUCUUAGACCUCUUUCUUUGCAAAAUAAUGAAGGCCUUUUCCUAAGACGUCUUUAAUCUUGGAUGUUCUAUUUUCUGUUUGGGUUAGUUUCUAAGGAAAUCUAGGCUAUCCAGGAAUGAUGAUGUGAAAAACUUUUAUGCAGGCUCAAACAUUUUUGCCCUUGGGGGAAGACCCUGGUACAGAAAUUAGCUCAACAGUUUUUGCCAAAUUUACAUUGCUGCCCAUAAUUUCAUAGGAAACACUGUGGACUCUAGUCCUCAUGUGAUGCUGGAUGCUUUGAGACACAGAGAUCACUCCAAAGAGGGGGCAGCUGUAACAACCUCAAGUAUGUCUGGGAGCGUGAUUUUUUUUUUUCUAGUUUGCAAGCGAUGCCAAUACAUGUGAAGGGGAUCCCUUGCGCAGGUAUUGCAGAGGGACAUAUGCCCUUUUGCCUACAAUUUCACUGGUGAUGGUCACUGGUAUGAGGACCAUAGUAGUUAGGGAAACCCUUUCACUGCAGAAACACUGACCUAUUUGUUGUUUGAUGAGACUGCAGCCCAUUAGAUGGAAUGGUCCUCACUUAACUGCGCAUCCAGGAAUUAUUUUGAGGAAAAGACUACAAGAGCUGUGUGUACACAGAUCUGAGGGACUCUAGGGAUGUUUAUCUUCCCUGGAGCAGUCAUUGUCAUUGAUUAUAAUGAAGAUGUUUUGUGGCUCCUAUAGCUUCUCAGAUGUUCCCAUCAGAGCCAUUUGUGAGCUGACAGCAAAAGCAAGGUGGAGACAAAGCCAUCUUUAGUCCAGGGUUGUGGGUUUGGGUGAAAGUUCUUCAUUGUUUGUUACAUUUUCUGCCACUGUGAUGAGACUCUCACUCAGAGGGCAUAAGUACAGGGAUUGUAUAUAGAGUUGCCAAACCUGUUCUUCCAGAAUAUGUGAACUGUUUUAUUUUGAACCAGUUUUUUAACAGCUGUAAUGAGUAAAUUACAUGCGUUAAGUAUAGUGUUUCAUAAAUCUUGACAUGUGCAUGAAACUGAAACCACCAUUAGACUUAUGAUAUUGACCACAUUGCUCACUUUGUAGUUGCUUCAGGACCUCGUUUAAUCUGUCCCUGUUCUUCACAGCUGUUCUAGUAACCAUGGAUUUACAUUCCAUUUUAAUAGACAUCUUAGCUUUUUCUAAGUAUUUUUCUUGUUUAAUUUAUAUUUCAUAAAUUCUUGGAGGUUUAUUAAACAUAUACUAGUAACUUGCCCUAACCGGUAUGGUUCAGUGGAUAGAGCGUCGGCCUGUGGACUGAAAGGUCCCAGGUUUGAUUCUGGUCAAGGGCAUGUACCUUGGUUGUUGGCACAUACCCAGUAGGGAGUGUGCAGGAGGCAGCUGAUCAAUGUUUCUCUCUCAUUGAUAUUUCUAACUCUCUAUCCCUUUCCCUUCCUCUCUG